AUGUCAUGAAAUAUUAAGAUAAUCAAUCAAAUGAAAAGUAAUUCGUCUAUUUGUGUUUUUAAUGAGUUAAAUAUAAAGUUUGCAUCUUGUCGGAAGUGAAAUAAUUUAUCCUUUCGAUGUGACAUUGACACAGCAUGGCGACCCUCAGACGAGCAUGUAGCCGGUGGCCUUUGAGAAAAUUAAGUUUGACGGAGAAUAAUGGAUUAGUUCUCAACAUUUCUACCGGGAAUACGUGUGCUGUUUCAGUUUGUGCUGUUUCAUCUUUCUCUCGAUUGCAUCGGCCACUAGAUAAGUCUAAAGUGACCCAGCAUGAGAUUUCGUGUCUACAAAAGAAAUCUUUUCACACUUCCUCUCUACAGUUCAAAGAGGAUUUCUACAAAGUCCUUGGGAUCCCAAAGACUGCUGAUCAAAAGGAAAUCAAGAAAGCAUAUUAUAAGCUGGCCAAAAAAUACCAUCCAGAUGUAAACAAAGACAACAAAGAGGCGGCUAAGAAAUUCCAGGAGGCUGCAGAAGCUUAUGAGGUAUUAAGUGACGAGUCCAAGCGAAGACAGUAUGAUACCUAUGGUCAGGCCGGUCCCCAGGCUGGUGGCCCAGGAUUCCAUGGAUUUGGAGGCACUUAUGGCAGUCAAGGUUUCAGGAGCAAUGUGGACCCAGAGGAAUUGUUCAGAAACAUUUUUGGAGAUAAUUUCAAUUUUAGAAACUUUGCUGAAAGUGAAGAUUAUGAAAGUUCUCAAUAUGGAUUUGCACAAGCUGCUGAGGUAUAUCUGGAUUUAUCAUUCGAGGAAGCUGCCAGAGGCAUUAACAAAAAGAUGAGAAUGAAUGUUGUUGACGAGUGUCCAAAAUGUAUGGGCAGGAGGGCAGAGCCAGGAACUUCUGCUGAAACCUGUCCCCAAUGCAAUGGAUCUGGACUGGAAACCAUCAAUACUGGGCCCUUUGUGAUGCGGUCAACUUGUAGAAAAUGUCAAGGCAGAAGGAAAAUUAUUGCACGAAAAUGUACAGAAUGUAAUGGAAAGGGCUCUGUUGUACUCCCUAAAAACAUCAAUAUUCCUGUCCCAGCAGGUGUGGAGCAUGGGCAGACACUGAGACUGAAGGUGGGAAAACAGGAAUUAUUUGUCACAUUACAGGUUGCAAAAAGUAAUUUAUUCCGACGAGAGGGAGCGGAUGUACAUUCAGAAGUCUCCAUCAGUCUUUCACAAGCUGUUUUAGGAGGAACUUUACGGAUAGCAGGCGUGUACGAGGAAUUACACCUCAAGAUUCCAUCUGGCACACAGUCCCAUGAUCGGAUACGUGUUCCUGGAAAAGGGAUCACCAGGGUCAAUAGUUAUGGUUAUGGUGACCAUUAUGUGCAUUUUAAAAUUAAAAUUCCAAGGUCUUUGACACCAGAACAGAGGGCCCUAAUUACCACAUAUGCUGAGCUGGACAAAGAUGUUAAUGGAUCAGUGGAGGGAAUUGUGAACACUGAUAAAGGACCUCAGGCUGUAGAUAAUACUAUGGUAAAGAAGAUCCUGGAAGCUUUAAAAGAAAACACACCAACAGAGAAGAAUAUCCUGGAAGCUGCACAAGAAAACAAAUCUUCCACAUCAUCAGCUACAGAGGAGGAGCAGGAUGAAGGCAAGAAAGGUCCAUCACAGUCAUUUACUGACAGACAGGCAAACAAGGGCAAAAAGAGCUCUUCUGUUUCAUAAGUGGAUAUUUAUGUAUUUCCAAAUGUUGUGCGAUAAGGCCAAGAAAUGUUAUGCAUUUGUGUAUUCCUCCUUGUCUAUGCCACUCACCAUUGAAAUCCUUGUAAACAUAAUUUUGGUUGAGUUUUUUUCUUCUUCAAUGUUAGACUUUCAGAAGAACAUUUCAAUGCUGAAUGAUUGCUUUGAUGACAUCAUGAGUUAAACAUGUAAUAUGUACCAUGAGUAAUACUGUAUAUAUAUAUGUAUAUAUUCUAUUCAAUUACAAGUACAGAUAUGUUUACUUUUAUUAAGGUUUCAAAUGGCCUCAGAUAUGAGCAAAGCAUGCUGUUUAACUUUUUCAAAUCAUUCCGUGAAUGAGGAAUUCCUGCUUCCAGUGUCAUUUUACAGUCAGCAUAAAUGUACUUGCCAUUUUACAGAACUGGUAUACAUGCAUGCGUGAUUUAAUUACACUUACUGAAACAUUUCUUUGUAAAUACAGUCAUUUUUACACAGAGAAGAUACACAUUGCACAGUAUAUUUUGCUCUGGGGAAGGGAUUGUGUAUAUUUCUUAACGUCUCAUUAUUGACAGCUUGUAGAGAUGUACAACUUAUCCAGAUGGUGUAUUGUUCAAAAUGUUGAGUACUAAGAUUUUUUUUCGGGUAUGUACCAAGCAUGUCUGAUUUAGACAGGUUUCUCUGUGCUUAUAUGUGAUCUGUGAUAGCUUAGAACCAGAAAAUAAUUGUGAUUCUUGAAAACCUGGUAAUCAAGCCACUUUUGCCAAGAUUGUAUUUUAACCAGUUUGUGUACAUAUGCUUGCUUCAAUGGAGAUUCAGUUAAGCACAGAAAGUUCACCCCAUUUUAAAUCCUCUGUACUAGGAUUUGGUCUUUCUGGGAGAAGGUGUGGAUGUGUGUUUGUGUGACAUUUCGGCCUAGAUAUGGUGGUUAAAGUAACUCUAUCCAUAUGUGAUGUCAUACUUUUUGCAAAAUCUUUAGUUUAUUAAAUUUUAUGCAGGAUAAAAUGUUUUGUAGGAUUUUUUUUUCAUUGGGUACAAUAAAAAAUCUAGUGAACUACUUGAUACUGGUAAUCAUGUAUAUUAAAAAGUGUUGUCGAGGGCAAUAACUCGUGCUGGUAUUUUCUUUAUUUUAUGUCAAUGAUUUCCCUGAUAUUAUCCACAAUUAUUUUAUAUAUAUAUUUAAAAAGUAGCAGUAUUUUUGAACCCUUAAUAUGAAAAUUUUGACAUUUUAACUAGUUGUUACAUACUUUUUAUUAUACUGUUAAAUGAAAAUGUGCGUAUUUCUUAUGUUAAUACAAUGUACUUCUAUUUGUGUAGGUCUGACAUCUUUAAAAAGGUGACAACAUAACCUUUUUUUUUUGCUUGUUGGUUUAAUCAAACUACAUGUAUAUUAAAUCUAAUUUGAAACAAGAAGAAAGUCACUUGAGGGUGGAGCUACCUUAAAAGUACAUGUAUGUACAAUCAUGAACAGAAUCUGUUUUUUGAUGUACACCCAUUAUCAAUUCAUAUGGUAUUUGUUGAUUUUGUUAAUGAAAUAAAACAUAAACUGCA